CGUUGGAAGAAGGACUGCGGCGUCUGCACUCGAGAGCAUCGGCCAGCUCUCUCUGUCUGCCCCUGCCGUCAUCGCCGCGCUUCGGCCCGUCCAUGGCCACAUUGAGCCGUCGCCGGUCUUCCGACGUCUAGAGGGCGGGACGCCGCGCCAUGGGCACAAACGGAGGGAGCGGGGUAGGCGGCGGCGUGCAGGAGACGGGCGGCAUCAUGGCAGGCAAUGCCAACCAACCCGCAACCACCGAGUACACCCUCCAAGGUGUCAUGCGCUUUCUCCAGACCGAAUGGCACCGUCACGAACGCGACCGCAAUGCCUGGGAGAUCGAGAGGCAGGAGAUGAAGAGCAGGAUAGCCAGCCUCGAGGGACAAGCGCGGAGGGCAGACGCGACGCAAAAGGCAUUGAAAAAGUACGUCGCAAUCCUUGAGAAGAAGGUCAAGGAGCAGGCUGCUCUGUUGAAGUCCGAUGGGAAGGCCGAUGCGGUGACCAGGCCCGACCGUGCGGCAUUGCUUCAGGAGAAACUGCGGCCGUCGUUGGAGAAGCCUAAUGGCGCCGCGAUCGAGGCCGGCGCCCUAGAGGCCGGUCUUGCUGACGAAGAAGCCUCGCGGAAUGAGCUAAAGGCCUUCCUCGACCAGUGCCAGGCCGAGUUCACCUACCUGAUGAUAACGCCUGCGAAUCCGAUGCCCCCGAGAGAGUCGCCACCUCUACCCGUGAUCGAGGAUCUCCGGGAAAGCGAUGCGUUCGGCCAGCCACUUGUGGAUCAAUCCUACCACCAGGGACUACGGCAACAACAACAGCAGCAGCAGCAGCAUCUGCAACAGCAUCCGCCUCCGCCGCAGCAGCAGCAGCCGCCACCGCCGCCGCCGCAACAACAGCAAAAUCACGUCCGAGACUAUCUUGCCGCGCAAUCCCGAUCUGCUCCGGCUUUGAACAACCAGGCGCCAGCACAAUCAGCCCCGUCCAACUUAUCCGCCAAGCCGCUUGAUGCCCAGUCCGUGCCGAUGGUCCGCACCUCAAAUACCGAGCCGUCUCCCAUGGCAUACGGCCACAACAGCGAAUGGCCGCCCCAUGCGCCGGCGCCUGGGAAAGCAGGGACGGAUGUGGGCCCCGAGCCAACCAGUGAGUCGAAGCAUCUCAGUAGCAGCGAUGACAAGGGAGAUGGCGCCGAGCAACGUAGCGUAUCCGAGCCAGAGAGCUGGGACUUCAACGACGCCAACUUCCCGGAUUCCGCUUCGCCCAACCCGCCGCAGCAGGUCUCAGCCAACCGCCCAGACACCGAUGUGUUCCCCACAGCCGAGAACAUCCCGAGGUCGCCAAACCGCGCAUCGCUCUCGCACCGGAGAAAGAACUCGAGUUCGAUGGCCCGUAGGAGGAGCGCAGAACACGAGCUGUCCCUCCAUGCGCUGGGCCCCAAGGCCGAGAGCAGCAGCUUCAAGCUCCGGUUUGGCCUGCGGGGCCAUUUGGACACGGUGCGGACCGUGAUCUUCUCUGGGGGCGGCAGCCCCGGUGAGCCCGAGAUCUGCACCGCCGGAGACGACGGGACGAUCAAACGCUUCCACAUCCCAGAUCGACACCCUGGCCACGUGGGUACAAGUGGCUCUGAUCUCGACGUCACCGCCGAUUUUACGCACCGUGGCCAUACCGGGGCGGUGCUCUCGCUCACAUCUUGGUCGCCCUCACCGAACUUCUCGACGGGGGGGCGUGCGCAGGGCGACGGCUGGAUUUUCUCUGGCGGGCAAGAUGCAACGAUUCGGGUUUGGGAGCGGGGGAGGGUAGACCCCAAGGCGACGCUGGACGGGCAUACAGACGCCGUUUGGGCGCUGUGCGUCCUUCCCACCAACCUGGGUACCAUCUUCGGUCAAUCCAACACGUACGGGACGCCAGACCGCAUCCUGCUCAUAUCAGGAGCAGCAGACGGGACGGUGAAGGUGUGGGCGGUCAGCUCGCCGCCGCAGCUCACCUCUCCCCAACCCGCCGGGGGCCGCCGGGCGCAGGGCGGCCGUGUACGCGGAAACUCGAUGAGCUCCGGCUCGGCGUUCCCCAACACGCCGCAGCCCACGACAGCCUCCAACUCUCCGUUCCACCACACGCUUAUCCACACCAUCUCGCGCCGGAACUCCAAGGCGAGCCCCACGUGCAUCACGCCCCUGAGCCCCAACGGCGAGACGUUCGUGGUCAGCUAUUCAGAUGCCGCCAUAAUUGUCUACGACACGCGGUCCGGCGAAGAGAUCGGAGCGAUGGCGAGUCUGGAAACCUACGACGGCACGAUAUCAACCAGCGUGAACGCAGUGGUGGCCACUACCGUUGGAUUGGACCAGCCUCAUCAGGGCGUGGGUGAAGAGGACACCGGCGGCGGAGGGCCCACCGGCGGCGGCCGGGCUAUGGCUGGAUCUGGGGUUGAGGGUGUAGUCAUCUCGGGCCACGAGGACUGCUACGUCAGAUUCUUCGAUGCUAACAGCGGCCAAUGCACAUACAACAUGGUUGCCCAUCCAGCCUCGAUAUCGAGCCUUUCGCUCAGCCCUGAUGGUCGGGAGCUGGUCAGCGCGGGCCACGACGCCUCGCUGCGGUUCUGGUCCCUCGAGAAGCGGUCAUGCACGCAAGAGAUCACCAGCCAUCGCGUCAUGCGCGGCGAGGGCGUCUGCACCGUCGUCUGGAGCCAGGACGGCCGGUGGGUGGUCAGCGCCGGCGGUGACGGAGUGGUGAAGGUAUUUGCGCGGUAGGACCCGCAA